AUGAACAUGAACACGAAGUUUGUAGGGGUUACCAUGAUCAGGAAUGCGGCGUCACGCGCAGCACCGAACAAGUGUUUCGGUGUCGGUAGAGUCCUACAAAACUGCACCUUAGUCGCAGCUUUGCUUCUUGCAAUGUGGGUGCUGCUACACAACAGCGAGUGCCGAAGUCGAGUGAUCGUCGGCAGCUACAAAUUGAAGAUCGGAAUGCAGGCGCCUCUCAAAGAUUCUGGUGAUUCUCCAACAUCGACAGCGCUCCGAGUGUUAGCGCUGCCGUUAACGCACACACACUAUUGGCGCCGUACGGUUUUGCGGCCUCGGGGCACGAAGACUCGGUAGAAUACACGCUGUUGCGGGUCCAUCCAGAGUGACGGCACUCAUGUCUCGCUCUCGUCCGUCAAAUGGGACUACAUUUGCUUGCUCUGGGCUCGCAACGUCGCACAGCCACCUAGUCGCGGGGAGGGUGGCAACGGCUGUACAACAUUGUCGCGACUUCGAGGGCAUCGCGAGCUACCGUACCGACGCGCCGUUCAACCGCGCUGUGAUACCGGUAGUAUCGCAGGGGCGUAUGCGCAGCUGGUGCAGCUCGGUCAUUUAUAAUUGCGUUUCUUAAAAGAAAUCCAGAACAGUAGCUGGCGUGCACGUGCAAUGAACAACUGCGUUGCAUCCGUUUCGAACUUACUAGUCUAUCUAUAAGUUGGAUUUGUAUACCCUUGAGGAGGUGCACUUAUGGAUAAGUUGAUUUGUAAUUUUUUUUAACUGUUCCUCUCUCUGUCCUUAUAGCAUGGAUUAUCCGUCAUCUUGUGGAUGAAAGAAUCAUGCUCAGGAAUGAGUUAUUCAUUAAACUGAAUCAUCCAUGGUCAUGGAUCAAUGAUGCAGAUGCCAAGUUGUAAGCUGAGGAACUUUUUGCCAAUGAUCAUUGACUUUUGUCGAUGAGUCAUCCAUUGAGGAAAUGAACGAAACCGAGUACUUAUUAUUUUCAAGUGUUUGUUUUGUUGAGGUUGUGGUUGUCCUCAUAUAAGUACAUACUUUAGAGGCACGGUUUUUCUAUUCCUGUUGUUGUUGCUGCAUGAGCAUUUUUUAGUCAUCAAUAGACCACCAGAACCACCACUAUUUCAUUAAGUGGAACUCAUGAGCCAUACGAAAUCUAGGAGCAAAAUUCUUUUACGUUAAUGCCCAAGGUUACGGAUUAGCUAACGCGAACGCUGCAACAGCAACAUGCGUGACUGUACUGUUACUGAUGACAGGACGCAUUCAGAAACGAAACACAAACUGUGUUUGUUUGACAUCUUUUGGGGAG